AUGGCCACUGGAGAGACCAUUGUAGGUUCCCUCUUUCAAGUACUGUUCGACAAGUUCAUUUCUCUGGGAUUGGACGUUCUGCAACGAAAAGGAAUCAGCACCGCCCUACUCAAUAAGUGGAAGAGGAUGCUGGUCACACUCCAUACAGUUCUGGAUGAUGCAAAGGACAAGGAAUUAAGCGGCAACCGUCUAGUGAAGCUGUGGCUGGAUGAUGUUAGGGACUUGGCCUAUGACUUGGAAGACUUGAUCGAUGAGUUUGCAACAGAAGCUGCUCAGGCCAAGUCGGAGGUCGAAUCUAGCACAAGCAGAGAUGAAUCCUCUGGAUCGAAUCCGAACUCGUGCGCGCUCGUGUACGAAACCAAGGUACAGGAAAUCAAUGACAGGUUGGAAGAGAUUGUCACCAGGGAGGCUUGUCUAAGCUUGAGAAAGAAUGUUGUGGACAGAUCCAACUACACCAACAAAAGGCUCCCCAGCACAUCUUUGCCGGAGCCUCAGUUUUUCGGCAGGGAAAAGGAAGAAGCGGAGAUACUGGAGCUAUUGACCAGUGAAGCCGAAAAUGAUUCCAUACUGAGCAUAGUCCCCAUAGUUGGGAUGGGCGGUAUUGGAAAGACAGCCUUGGCCCAACGACUUUUUGAUAAUGCCAAAGUGAUUAGAUGUUUCGAGAGUAGAGCAUGGGUAUGUGUUUCAGAUGUUUUUGAUGUUCUUGACAUAACAAAGAAUAUUUUGCAGUCGAUCACCGGGUUAUCCUGCGAGGGCAAAGAUCUUAACUGGGUUCAAGUUAAGUUGAAGGACAAUCUAUUUGGGAAGAAGUUUCUUUUGGUUUUAGGCGAUGUGUGGAAUGAAAAAUAUGGAGAAUGGACUGCCCACUUGAAGCCAUUUGAAGUGGGGGCUAAAGGAAGCAAGAUCAUUGUCACGACUCGCAACCUUUCUGUUGUUUCCAUAACAGGAGCUUCGCCCUAUCCUUUGGAGGUGCUGUCCCUUGAUAAUUGUUUAAGCUUAUUAGCCUAUCAUGCUCUUGGAGCAACAAAUUUUAAGAGUGACCCAUAUCUUGAAAUAGUAGGCAAGAAAGUAGCUAAAAAAUGUAAAGGUUUACCUUUGGUAGUGAAGAUAUUGGGUGGUCUCCUACGUAAUAAAUGGAAUCCUGAUGAAUGGGAAGCUAUCUUAAAUAAUAGGAUGUGUGACCUUCUGACAGGAGAAAAUGGUGGGGUUCUCCCAGUUUUGAAAUUGAGUUAUGUCCAUCUUCCUUCUUAUUUAAAGAGAUGUUUUGCUUAUUGUGCGGUAUUUCCUAAGGAUUAUGAAUUUGAGAGGGAUGAGCUGGUACUCUUAUGGAUAGCGAAGGGCUUUCUAGAUGGACGAAAAGCAAAGGAGAAUAUCUUGAGCUUACGACGGAAUCACUUUGAUGAGUUAGUUUCCUAA